AUGGCAGGCCAAGAGGACGACUUGAGCGAGCUUUUGUCGUCGAUAACGGCGUCAUCGGCGACAUCUUCUGAGACCAAUUUUGCUUCAACAACGGGGGCUCCUUCACGGGUGCAGAACUCCGCUGCAGAGAAUACGAAUGCAGCAUCUUCUAGCGCUGCUGGCGGAAGUGGUAGCAGUAUACAAUGGGGCCCUGCGAUAACAGCGUCGCCACUGCCAAGUUCGGAGGUGAAUCAAGACAAUGACAAUAACAACAACAACUCCAACUCGGAUCCAGAUCAAGAGUCAUCGGGCUCUGGUCUUUCUGGCAAUGCCAAGAAGGUCAUCAUCUGCACUACUACUAUCGGCGGGACUUUCAUACUCGCCUUGCUCAUAUACGCGCUAUGUCGAAGACGACGAGGUGCCUCGUAUUCCGAGAUUGUGCGCUUCAGACUACAUUCGAGUACAGUUGUGUUGAAUCCCAUGUCGGAAGACGAGCGCCUUACUGCACUGCCUAUAUAUCGACAGGAUCGCAUCUCGAUCCGGUCUUCAAGGCAUCCGUCUCGGCUAGACUUGGCGCAACAAUCUAAGAGAGUACCGAGGAUGCCCUCGUCACUUCGAAAGGAGUGGCGAGUAGAAGAGCCUGUCGAUAGGCCAUCUAGUCGACCGAAAACACCAAAGACGCCGACAAAGCAGGAGGGACGUUCGUUCCUCAAAGAUGCUACGCCCCCAUCCAAGCAAGUGCUCCACGAACCUGAACAAGCCCACGUGCCCUUGAACAGGGUCAGUACUCUGAGCCUCCCUCUCAUGAGGCAUUCAGUACAACCUCAACCACCCACGCAGAACGACACAAUCGAAGAGCACGACCAGCGACAGCUCGAAUCAAUGUCCCCACCUCACAGCCCCGACUCCCAACUAGACCUCCACCAACGCUGGAGCUGGACAAACUCCCAAGCCCCGUCAACACCACGAAUAAAACCACCCACGCGCACAUCCCUCACAAGUCUCCGCCUCGGCUCCGUCGCCUCAUGGGUGAAAUCCCAACGGAACGAUGAGGACGAAAAGCAACGACAGGCCCACAAAAGAGGACUUUCACGGCCUCUGCUGAAGAAUCAGGCCAUCAGACCGGUGCUGGCGCCGGCGCCGCCGAGCAAGAAACUCUCGAAAAAGGGCAAGCACGGCAGGGUAGGCAGCUUGUCGUCGAUUUUCAAGCCGAAUCCGAAUUCGCUGGUGCCGCAGCCUCUGUCUCCGCGGGUGGAGGAGGGGAAUCUUUCUUCGCCGGAGGAGACGAGCAUUGAGAUGAAGGGGAAGUCUUGA